CAUAUGCGUAAAAGGAGAACGGUUUCUCUUUUCAGUGCCAAACUUCCCCCAGAUUUCAGCGGGUGUGAUCGCCAACAGCAAAAUUGAAUGACCGUUUCAGAACGUGUUGUUUUCUAAACACGUGGGGGCUUACUUAAACGCGUCUUAUUCAUAAGAUAUUGAAUAAGACAAUAAUGAAGAGCAACGCUCACGCGUGCAGUAAUUGUUAAAUAAUGUCGGUCUAUUAAGCUCCUGGCUCUGGCCACACCCUUGGCAUGGCCGACUGAACACGUUGGACCAGUAAUGACUCUCAGAGGGUGUGUCCUGCCUGUGUGAAACAGAGCAGUGUUCACCUCCUCCAGGGAGUUGUUCCCAGCUCGCCUCAGUUCUCCUCCUCCUCCUCCUCCUCCUCCUGCGGGCUUCAGAGAAAGCGGGAGAGAAGACACGCAGCCUUUCCAGAGCCGUGCGCCUCUCUGGAGGGCAGUGAAGUAUAUUCUCAGCGGGUUUGUCAAGAGGCUGCUGGAAAUAUCACCAAAACCAGCUUUCACCUGGACUACACCUGGAGCUAGGAUACUUGCAGGAUCUCUAAGGCUCUCCUGUAACCAUGGGGGACGUGGUUUCCUCUCACCUGGAUGAGGGCAAGCGGGAGAUGAUUACAGCUCGGACCAGAGAUGUGAUAAAAGAGUUCAGCGAUGUCUACGAGCAGCAGUACGCCGUCGCUCUCUUCAACAGCGUCCGCUUUGAGAUCGAGGGUGGAGGAGGUACGCAGUCGCAGCUGCUUCACAGACAGGACCCUCUGGCAGGCAGGUCCAUCUUCUCGGGGAGUCUGUUUCAGUACCUGGAAGAGAAUCGGAAGUGGAGGAAUCGCUUUGUGGCCGUGCCGAACAGCUACAACAUCAGCCUCUACGAGAACAAAACAGCACACGAACGUGGACUACACCCAAAGGUAACCAUCAACUGUGCCGGGUACAAGGCCCUGACCUCGAUGGAGGAGUACAUGGAGCUGAUUAACAACAGCCUGCCAGGCAUCAAGGCCAAAGUGGCCAGUAGUCCGUUUAUCAAGUGUGCGUCGGAGUUCCCCCUCAUCCUGUGGCACCCAUACGCCCGCCACCAUUACUUCUGUGUGAUGACCGAGAAGGAGCAGAAGAAGUGGCACGCCGUGCUGCAGGACUGCGUCCGCCACAGUAACAAUGGUCUGUCGGAGGACUGCACUGUCGAGACUCCAGCCUUCACCGACUCUGUGAGACUUCACAGGCAAGCCAAAGGACAUUACGGGACCUGGGACCUAAUGUGCGGAAAGCCAUCGCAGAUUUUGGCUAAUCUGGUGAUGGAGACCCUCCACCCUGAGCUAAGGAAAGUGAUUGGCCCUCGCCUGAAGGGGAAGAUGCAGCAGAGACAGAGGAACUGGAUGUUGAUCUCUGAUGCAGUGUACAAGCAGGUGUUGUGUCAGACGACCAGUCAGUAUGAUGCACUGGUGGAAGCCUGCAAGGCCCAGAGAGCGCCGCUAGACGCCAGACUUCGGACUGACAUGGACCAGAUCAUCACGUCUAAGGAACAUGUCAGCAGCAAGAUAAGAGCCCUGGUGUUGCCCAAGGCGGAGAAGCUCCUACGGACCAGCAUCCAGCCCUACAUCAGCUCCAUCCUGGAGGCCCUGAUGGACCCCACCAGCCGAGGUUUCUCCGAAGUCAGAGAGGUUUUCUUCAGGGAGCUGGUGGAGAUCAGCAAGAACUCGCUUAACGGAGGCACCAAGGAAAAAUUAGGAGACCACAUGGAAAGGCUGUCCAUGCUCGCCUUCCACCCGGUGAAGAUGCAGAGCUGUUACGAGAAGGUGGAGCAGCUGAACCUGGAGGGGCUGCAGCAGAGGUUCGACCUCUCCAGCCCAUCUGUGUUCAUCAGCAGGGCUCAGAUCCUCAUGAGAGAGCAAAUGGACAAUGCAGUGUACACAUUUGAACAGCUGCUUCACCAGUCUUUAGAGACCCAGGGGGAAGAUGACAUGUGUAAGACCAUCCAGAAAUGCCAGGACAGGGUUCUUAAGAAAUACGAUUACGACAGCAGCACCGUGCGCAAGAAGUUCUUCAGAGAGGCCCUGCUGCAGAUCAUCAUUCCCUACAUGCUGCAGCAGCUCUCAACAUCCUUUUCACCCGAGCUGCCUCGCUUCAAAGAGCUCAUCUUCGAGGACUUCUCCCGCUUUCUGCUCGUGGAAAACAUGUUCGAGGAGGUGGUGCUGCAGUCCGUCUCCAAAGACAUAAUGAUGGCUGUGAAGGAGGCAGCUGUACAGAGGAGACACAAUCUGUACAGGGACAGCAUCGUUCUGACCAACAGCGACCCCAACCUGCACCUGCUUGGGGAAAACCCCCAGGUGGACUGGGCUGCCAAGUUCGGGGUCGAUGAGCCAGAGGGCUCAGUUGGUGGAGAAGAGGAAAGGUUGGGGGGAAGUGGAAGAAGACGCAGACAGGUGGUGUCCAUGAUUCAGUUGGAGGGGGUGCCUCUGCCCUACGAGUCAUGCCUGGAGGUCCCCGGGGUGGAGCUCAUCCCAGAAGAGGAUGCCGAGGGGCUCGAGUGCAAAGAUGAGGACAAUGAUGAGGAAGAGGAGGACCAAGGCCUGCCUUUGGGGCCCAAGUCUCCUGACAGCGUAAAUGAAAUCAGGGACUUGAUUAAUCCGAUGGUGGAGGUGGAGGUGGAGGUGUCAGACGAGAAACAGAGCGACCUGACAAACGGGACAGAGUCGGUCAGCGGAAAGAUCAUCGCGGAGGACGGGAUGCAGGAGGACGUGACGCACGUCACCACCGUCGUGGACGACGUCCCCAGGAAAUCUCCGCGGGAAAAGACGUCACCGCAGACAAUCCUGCGGGAGCUGAUGGGAAACAAGAACCAGGAAGCCGACAAGGAGCGUCAGGAGGAGGCGGCCAUCAAGGACGCCAUCGAGGAAAUCGAGAUAGCGGUACAGGAAGUUGACAGUGAUCAAAUCGCUGAGGCCUCCGCAGCAGAUUCAGAUUACGAGUCGUCGCCACUGCCGCCGAUGGCGCUGCUGGCUACAGACUCACGCAACGACAGCGGCUUCCAGUCACCCACCGGUGAGGCGCUGGAAGAGGGAGGGCCUCACCAAAUCACAAACGGCAUGAAUGGAGAGGACAAAAUCAUCGACCCCAUCGAAGUAGAAGUGAUUUUAGCGUAGGAAGAUAGUGCUCCAUACACUCACUGGAAUUGGAGAAAAACGCUGUGCGUGCACCGCAUUUGAUGAGAAUGAAUAUGGAUUAUAUUUAAGAGUGUAACCAUGCUUGUUACUAUUGCACAGUUCCAAAACAGACUCGCAUACACCCCUAGAAUUUUCUUUUUUUUUUUUUUCUUUUUACGACACAUCUUCGGUGUUUAGUUUGCUCUAUGCAACUUAUUGGAUCUCAGUUCAAAUUUUCUGCAGAUUUUGCAUUUGGCCAUGAAUUCAACGUAUCUAGGAUCCAUCCCGGUGAUAUAAUAUUGUAAAUAAUAAACAUCAGGAGAGAAACUAAACAACUGAAUCCUAGUUGUAACCGUUAUGUUUACAACAGUUGUGUAACAGUUUAUCUCCCAUAUAUACAUUCAAGUAACGUGCGUAUUGCCUUCAUUUGUACUGCAGGAGGCGUCCCAGUGAUCACAGCCUCCAUUUGGGCAGCAGGGGGUGCUGUAGUAAAACUUUAGUUGCUUUUGCUUCUCCAUGUAUGUUUACCUACUACAUUUUCAAACCACCAUUUUACUUUUGUAAAAUGCAGUUUUAAUAGGUUUAAUUUGUGAGACUUUCCGUGUGUUUGCAAGUGGCCUUUCAACACAUGUCACUUCAAACAGUCAGGGAAAGAUUCAUACGUCUGCAAUGAUGUCUUUAUUAUUUAUACCUCUUGGGGUAAAUAACCAAACGUUAUCAUUUCUUGCGACUUUGCCUUUGGGUUUAGAGAUGACCAAGAUACAGUAAUGGCUUGUCAGUGUGGAUGAUUUAGAUGAAGAGCUCUUUAUAAUGACGAGGAUGGUUUUAAAUGUUGGCUUCUGGCGUCAUUGUAUACUGCAUUUCUUUCCCUUUUUAAUGUUUGAUUCAUUCAAAACUCAAACCUAGUUUUAGUGGAAUCAAGUUUUAAAGGUAGCCCCAGCUUUAUACGACAUUCAUCGAUACAACAUUUGUUCAUGUUAGAGAAGGAAACCUUCAAAUAUUAGGCUGUAAAUGUUUCUUUUUGGGCUUUGAAUGCAUUUGUAAAGUCUCCACAUAAGAAAUAUUUAAUUUUCUACCAAGUAUUGCAAAAUACUAGACACUCUUUAUGAUACAGACCAGCAAUACAAAUUACAAGAGAAUUACUAGCAUUGAUACCAAGAUGCAAUGUUUAGGGAAAUAAAGUACAUACAUAUGGUUUUACAUAUCAGUUUUUAUUAGAUUUCCAAAAUACAGUGUUUUGUUGUCAGCACUACACAAUUUUGUACCAACUGUAGUAAAUAGACCAAGCUGCAGUUCAAGAGAGUUGCACAUCUUUGUUGCUGCCACUGUAUACAAGGCACAUUAGUCAGAUAUAUACGUCCGAGAGCCUUUAUUUCCAGCGGAGGACCACCUUCUCCAUUUUAUUUAUUAUAAAGCCUGUGUGGUUUAUAACAUCCAGGUGUGAAAAGCUUUCUUUUGUUGUGUAAAACUUUCUGUCUUCUUGAAAUACAUGUAUAAAAAUGGAUGAAUAAAAAUGUCUCACCGGA